UUGUAAAAGAGUCGCGUAGGGAUGCUAAUUAUUAUGCCUUUUUGCAUUUCUUAACAUUUUGCUAAUAAAAUAAAAAAUAAUUAAAUCAGUGAUAGUUUGUCAAAAUUCCUAUCUAUAGAUUCUCUUUUUUUAAUGUGUAUAUUAGUUUUCUAUUUGGUUCAAUCUAUUUGUCAGUUAAUGCGAUCAUUUUGUGGGUUAAAUAAACCGUUUCAAACAUUACUGCAUUUACACAAAAUUGAGCAUUUGUUGGCUGUCAAUAUCGCUUCAGUAAUCAUUUCGAACAUUCGAUUUUGUUAGUUUUAUAGUGAACAAGAAAUUUAUUGUUGAAUUAUGAAAUUAUUUGUGUACAGUUCAGUUGAAACUUCAGAUGAUGACGAAGAUGAAGAAGUGAGUGAGGAGGAAUCCCAAGGUGAUUCGGAUGUAGGCGAAGAUGAAGCCGAUUCUGAUGAAUCCAAUGAAGAUGAGCAGGCUUCAGAUAAUACUGACAAUGAAAAGGAAUCUGGAGCGGAGAACACUGGAGGGAAGUUGUCGAAUAAAAAUGCAGGCAACUCUGAAGCAUCGUCAAGUAGUGAGGUCGAUACUAUAUUCAGAGGUGUUAAUGGUACUCAUAAAAUCAAUGGUAUAAAAGAAGAACCACCAAUGAAAGGGCCGGAAUUCAAUAUAGUCAAAUCUUCAAGCAAGACGAAACCCAUGGCGAAUGGUGUAAGUUUACCUGCGCGUCUCAAAAAUGUCAGUACCGAGAUCAUGGUUCUUGCUGCGAUAAGAAGUCUAAACGAGCGUGGUGGUUCCUCGGCCAUUGCCAUAAAAAAAUACGUCAUGAACAAUUAUCCCCAGUUAGACGGACCACGGACAAUGAAACUGAUCAAGAGCUAUAUUAAGAAAGCAUUGGUUAGUGGAAAGUUGGUGCAAUCGAAGGGCACUGGGUUGGGUGGUUCAUUUAAGGUAUCGCCAGGUACAAAUCGCUUGGAAGAGAAGAAAGAGCGACAGAAUCGGAAAAAGUUGGUCAAAAAACCUAAAAUUGACCAAGCUGCUGACAAAGUAAAGAAACAACCCAAAGCGGCAGCAAACAAAACAGAAAAAGGAGAGAUAAAGUCUGCAAAAGUGACAAAGAAAGCAAAAGCAAAAGGUUCGAACAGUGCAAUAAAAUUGAAAGACGGAAGUGAAUCAACUACGAAGAUGCCAAAAAUAUCCGUUGCCCUAAAAGCGAUCGAUCCACCAUCUGCGAAGAAAACUACCAAAACGAAAGAGGUGAAAGAAGCAUCCAUUGAUAAUGGUAAGCCGGGUAAAAAAACCAAAGGGGCCGAACAAAACAAAGCUCAAACCGUGGAUUCCACUACCAAAAAAACCAUCAAAAAUAAUAACCUGGUGGCUCCCAAGUCGGCGUCUGCUAUAACGAAAGAGGAGAAGGGAAAAACAGUAACUGCGUCGAAAAAGAAAACAACCGCCAAAGGUAAAGCUGCUGCUAUGGAAAAUGUCGAAACGGGCUCUGGAGAUGCAGAUGUUGUGAAGCCCAACAAGAAGACUGCAGCAAAGAAAGUCAAGACAAAAUAACAACUGCACAAUAUGUUUAUGAUUUUUGCAGUUUCUCAUUGUGAUGAAUAAGUAUCUAUUAUGUAGUGUUGAAGGUGUUCAAGGUAUAAUGAAUGUGGUUUUUUUUUUAACUUUUUUGCUUCUACAAUAAAUAUUCAAUUUUGAUGAGA